AUGGGGAAUUCACCAGGGCCGCAGUGCGGGGAGCAGCCCCCAGCCGGGGCCCAGUGCCUCUCCCGGCGCGAACACUGGGACGCGCAGCCUCAGCACCCCUGGGUGGUGGGUCCUCGUCCCGGAAGCGGUCUCUGCCGGGAAAGCGUUCGGGGAGACCUCCCUGCUGCCCCACUGCGGGAUGCUCUGCCCAGCGCUGCAUCGGACGGAUGGCCAGGGAUUGGUCCGAAGGAGGAGUUUUUCCACUGUUCGAAAUGCAAUUUGUGCCUCAGCGUGAGCCUUCGUGGAAAGCACAAGUGUAUUGAAAACGUCUCCAGGCAGGACUGUCCAAUAUGUUUGGAGGAUAUUCACACAUCUCGUGUUGGAGCUCACGUUCUGCCGUGUGGUCACCUUCUUCACAGAACGUGUUACGAAGACAUGCUAAAGGAAGGUUACAGGUGUCCUUUGUGCAUGCACUCGGCUUUAGAUAUGACAAGGUACUGGCGUCAGCUGGAUGACGAAGUAGCGCAGACUCCUAUGCCCACGGAGUAUCAGAACAUGAUGGUGGAGAUCCUUUGCAAUGACUGCAAUGCCAGGUCUACAGUGCAGUUCCAUCUCCUAGGCAUGAAAUGCAAGAACUGUGACUCCUACAAUACUGCCCAGGAUGGAAGAUGCCGGCUGCCUUUGGAGGAGCAGUGA